GUUAUAGCUGACCGUAUUCGUGGACCAUCAUGUGUUGCAAUGGCUCGACCAGAAGUCUCAACAUCAGCUUCAGAAGCAGAAGUCAGUUCGAACACCCCAAGUGUUGUAGUACACGAUCCACGUGCUCCAAAACAAGAAUGGCGCAAAGCUAAGGUGGCAGAGUUCUCCCUUAUGCGCUCUCGUAUGGAAUCGGCGCCACGAAAGUCAGCUCUACGGCUUCAUUGGCCAUCAUUAACAGAUGCGGAACAAUGGGAAGAACUGUUGCUACGACGGUGUCAUCCGAAAUGCACUCACUUUUCGCCGGCUUUUCCACAUCAUCAAGGAACUCCACCAGCUGUCCCUGUUGUUCUGAGCAUUUCAUCAUCGACGGUGAAUGCAAUUCUGCCUUAUGUUGUCGAAUGGGCCGAAUGCGGGGAAUUUACACGAUCGCUACGUGAAUGGCUCUUUGCUCUCUUGCUCAUCGUUCAAAAACCCUUGUUACCGGACGUCUGUGCUGCCAUCCGAGGAUUGGCGAAUUUGUGCAGGAGCCUUCGGAGUUCUGUUGAUGUUGAACGGAAGGAUGAGAUCCGCGAACUUUCAUGGUUCAUUGCGAUCGUCAGCGAAUACUUUGGCCAGACAGAUCUAGCUGAUUCAUGA